AUGGACGUUUUGGCUCAUUGUAGGGUUUAUCCAAUAUCAAAUUUUUACCAUGCGGUACCGCAGUCAUUAACGCUACCAAGCUGCAUAGGCUCUCACUGCGUAUCCUUUGUACAUCUAAUUGAGCACAAUUUUAAAUUUACACCUUUCAAAAGGCAGAUCUGGAACCAAUGCAUUGAAUGCAGUGUCAACGAUGGCUCGAGCAUUCUUGUCAUCGAUAUCAUUUCAGAAUGGAAAAAAAUCAUCCAGGAAAACUCCCAAGGGGUUCACUACAUGAAUUCGACGUCAAUUUGUAACAUGGAAGGUCUACAAAACUUUUUAAUGCAGUUGCAGGCGUCUCCCCUAGAGGCGCUGCAGAGAUGUCUCAUUAAGGAUCGUCUGGAUAAGCAGAUCUCGGGGAUUAUCAUCGAUAACCUAUCAUAUUUGGCGCACGAUUUGUCAUCCUACAGUGCAUUGAUUAAGAUUCUGAAGCAAUUACGCCGAACAUUUGGAUGCUGGAUACUUACCAUUGGUUACGGCCUUGAGUACUACGACGGUGUAGAAAAUUCGACAUCGACACCAAAUCGGACAGGUGCAUUGACGAAAUUGCCAGCCAGCUACAUCAACGAAAUGGACGUAAUAAUUCUGAGAGAAACGGCGGAUCGCGGCAGAACUGUUUAA